AGCUGCGCUCGAGAAGACCGCAUGCGCACCACGCCAGAGUGCUGAGCAGGCGCACAAAAAGGAGGUCCUGCCCAGGCGCAGUGCGUGUGGGCGAGCGCGGCGUACGGACGCGUCGUCACGCACAGGGCUGCGCAGGCGCCUCUCAAGGAGGCGGGCGGGGGCUACGUGCGCAGGCGCAGUGCGGCGCUGGGCGCUGGGCUCGGGUUUAAAGGGCCAGGAGCGGCCUGGCCUGCGCUGCCCCCGGCCGGGAAGAUGGUGUGUGGCGGCGGCUUCGCCUGCUCCCGCAACGCGCUCUGCGCCCUCAACGUGGUCUACGUGCUGGUUGGGUUGCUGCUGAUAGGCGUGGCUGCCUGGGGGAAAAGCUUUGGCAUUGUCUCCAGCAUCCACAUCAUCGGCGGAGUCAUCGCCGUGGGUUUCUUCCUGCUGCUCAUUGCCAUCGUGGGCCUCAUCGGGGCUAUCAACCACCACCAAGUCAUGCUCUUCUUUUACAUGGUCAUUCUGGGGCUCGUCUUUCUCUUCCAGUUGGGAGUCUCCUGUUCAUGUCUGGCCCUUAACACAAGCAGAGAGGAGAGUCUCUUCCGCGCCACCUGGGACAUGCUGAGCAACAAGACCCGCAACGAGAUCGAGGUGAAUCUGAACUGCUGCGGGCUGCUAAACAACACCAACGACCCAGUCGCCAUCAAGACGUUCCAGAUGGACUACAACCGCUGCACAGCCAUGUGUAAGGACAACACGACCAAGGGCCACGUGCCCAGCUGUCCCAAGUGCGGGGAGACGAUGCUGAAGCAUUCGGAUGAGGCCCUGAAAAUCCUUGGGGGAGUCGGACUCUUCUUCAGCUUCACGGAGAUCCUCGGAGUCUUGCUAGCCAUGCGCUACAGAAACCAGAAAGACCCCAGAGCAAAUCCCAGUGCCUUCUUAUAGACCGUCCACCCCCCACCCCUUCCCUUCCCCAGCUGCUAGUACAUUAGCCCUGAGAAUCCAUCUCCCUCCACUGCUUGGAAGGAAAGCGACGCCUGCAUCUGCCCCCCUGUCCGCACCCGGGCCAUUGUUGUGUGACCAAAGCGCUGAGCGGAUGAAACGGCAGCUGCGCGGCUCCAUCCUUGAUAUGAAGCCUUUGGCAAAUGGCUGGUGGGGCUGGCGUUCAGUGUGAGACCGUUCUCGUGCCGCGAGAGCCCGGGCUCAGCCGUGCCAGAGCCAGCCAGGAGCACUGGGCACAGCUAGAAACGUGAAGCUGCUAACCUGUAGUUAGUACCCUGCUCUGACCAGUUCCCCGGCUAUUCCUGGCACGUAGCCAAUUGCGGAGAGGCAUGUUGCCUUGCUGAGACCGGCCAUGCCAGCCUGGCCAGGAGCAAACUCCAGGGCUAUAUUUACCUGGUGGAAACUAACCUGGCCACAGCUGCGCUGACCCGACGAGGAGAGGGAGGGACUUGCACAGCUUAGAGACCCCGGAGCCAGAGCCAAAUGCCAGGGCCCCGUAAUCUAGGAAGUUAGUUACGUUCCUUUAAGGGCUGGGGCAGGGGGCUUUGUCUCGGAUUUGUAUUAAUCCAAAAGGAGAAUGUACAGCCUCUCACAGUGCUAAAUACCCUGAAGAGGUUCAUGUGAAAGGGGGCGGGGGGAAUCUAACAGGUACCGGGGGGCUGGUGUGUAGCAGGAAAUUUGGCAUUUUUAUCCUUAGAAUAAGCAGAAUCUUAAGAGCCAGGCUAUAGCCUUUCAGCAGGUGGCACCUGCUCUUGCCCCACCCAAGGGCUUUGCAGGGACAUUUCUGAGCCUUGGACCAGCUCCUCAGCCCCCCUGCAAAAACAUCUUCCAAAGCCUCUGACCGCCAGGGCCAUCGCACACCCCCUCUCCCCCAGCUGUCCGACCCUAACCUCCCCAGGGGCAGCAGAGACCGGCCACCUUCCCGGAACGGCGAGAGCCUCAGCCGAAAUGGGGUCCCAUCCUCCUCUGCCGCAGUCAGCUGGAGCGUGCUUCUGCGCUGCCAUAAAGGGACCGGUCUGCUGCAGAGGGGCCACCCCCUGCCUGGACUCCUUGCCCAGGUGAUCUCUGCAGGGCCGGCGGGGAUCCCUCUCUUUGCCAGCCCCUGGCUGGGGCUUCUUUGGUUUUUGCUGCACCCCCCACCUGAGAUCUUAGCCCAACAGCUAGACACAGCUUGACUGAUGCCUUACUUAGAGCUGGGUGCUACCCCUCCCCGCAGCAGGUGAGUUUGGCUUGAGAGACUGACUGGGAGGGCUGGUCUGGUCUGGUCCCACUACACUCCCAGAUCCACCCGCUGUCUCCAAGGGGCAGCGUCUGCCCCUCCCUCUGGGUCGGACAGGGGUUGCAUGUGUUGUUCAGGGACGGGGACACCUUCACCCCCGAGUUUGCACGGAGUGUCUCCGCCAGCGGCCCUAGCUGCCAGCUCCGAUGGCACAGAACAGCCCCCGCUGCAGGCCGCAGCUCUCUGGGACAGACCAAGGCCCCCGGCCCCAAAGCCCUGGCACGCUGGGCGAGGCCCUGGCCUCCUCGAGCUGGAAAAGGCGGAACCCAGCUCCCUGGCACGACAGCGCUGGCCCAGCCACUGCUUGGCUGGACUCAGGCUGCCCGUAGUGUGGGGCUGGAGCCUCACCAAAAGCUGCCGGCUGCUCCCACUCCCCUCGCAGGCCGUAGAGGGUCCAGGCAGAGCUGGAUAAACCCCCUCAGGAGAAGCACCAUCCUGAACCAACACUGGAUCAUUUUAAUUCUUCCUGCCCUGCCUCUGUGAGUCCCCUCACCCUUGUGACUAGUGUGGUUAGAGCCCACAGGGGCUGCAUGCUAUUUAUUUAUAAGUCUAGCUGGAAACUCUAGGUAUGUUGUAGUAGAAGGUGUUUUCCCACAGUGUGACUGAGCCCUCCCUGCACCAGGCUUGGGGCAAGGAGACUGGGGCCUUCUGCAGAACCAGCAAAAGCGCCUGAUUCUCCAUCCACGCUUCAUUAAAGGGCCGUCUGCCCUUCAGCCUCUGGGCUAUGCCCACCGGAGACAGCAGCGGGCAGCAGCAGAAUGCUGCUGGCUCCUUUGUCAAUUAACCCCUGGAGGGAACCCAAUGAGCGCACCCACACCUCAGUGUUAAAUGCACACCAGGUGCUGGCUGCCAUUAGCCGGCCCCUGGGCGCAGCCCAACACAGCGGGGAGACCAGGGUGCUGAAGGAGUCAAUUUCCUCUCUGGCACCCACUUGGAUUAUUUGCCAGCUGAGCCAGCCUGGAGCUCAAGGCUUCAGCUGAUGACAACAGCACGUCCCCCCACUCCCUGGGGAAGUCACCAGCCCCCAGUCCUGCGUGUCUCCCACUGUGCGAUGCCUGCCCCAGCUGGUAUGUAAACAGAGCCACAGGGCAAGGUCCCGCACCCUGGCCCUCGGGGGCACUGGGGACUCCAGUGUGACUCAGCCCCGGGCAGUGGUACUAGAGGUUUCAGUGUUUUAGCUGGGCUCGCUGGUUCGGAGCGUGCUUUCCCAGCAGCGCUCGUGGGUGCAGGUUCCCCUGGAGCUUGGGCAGAACUCGGCUGGGGUGCUAGUGAAGCAGAAGCUGCUCCCAGAGACUUGUGUUUAAACAGAAGGGCAGCAGGACGUCAGCCUCUCCCCCCCGUCUGCUCGGCCGGGGGAUCCGUGCUGGACCCGUGUACCAGUGUCCCUCGGAGUGGCUGGAACCUGCACAGCUCAUUCACUGUUGUGUGUAUCUGUUACUUUAUCGAUCAAAUAAACACCUUUCAGUGAC